AUGACAGUCUUCUCGCUAGUGGUACUUCCGAUCUGCCUCCUGCUUCUAGCUGUGAGAUAUCAAAAACCAAUCCACAGCUGGCUGUCUCAAUUCUGCAAACUACGCCAACAUGCUAGCUCGCAAAGCCCAACCGACGUUAAGGGCAUGGCGCCGUACCCGGCACAGCCAAUUCGUGGACGCGAGCGAUACCGCGUCAUGAUGGACAUCCGCAAGCUGGAUGUCGCGAAUUGGCUCACAUUGGACAAAAACUACAUGGAAGAGCACCGAUGUUUGCCCGAGUCGCGUGACGGCUGCCAGGAAGCGCUCGAGGAGGUCUCGCAGUUUCUCUGCGAGCGAUUCCCCAGCGCAUUUCACAAGACGACCGAAGGCGAUGAAAGCGUUAUCGAGAACCGCAUGACGGGCGAAAAGUUCAAUGUGACUCAACAGGCUGCUAGCGGCAACAGCACCGAUGCGCUCGAGGCGGCCGUUCGCUUGACGAUGGAAGAUUUGAGCGUUCUCAUGCUCAAUGAAGACGGAGAAUACUAUCUUGCGGCCAGCGCCAGUCUCUUCCCAACGGGGUGGACUGUCAGCGAACGUAUUGGGUGGACGAUUUCCCGCCUGCACGAGCCAGUCCCGCUGUGGCAUCAGCAGGUGGCGAAUUCGGUCAGCAAAUUCCUGGCUCGGCUGACCCCCUCGUCGCCAAUGGAACGCUCCAAUUACUUCGUCGAAGUGAAACGCCCCGGCGAAGCCCUCUCGGAGAUCCUCUACCGGCCCAACGCCCUGUGCGAAAAGGCCCUUCUGGAUCCCUCGCCAGAGGAGAUUCUCAUCCGCCGCGAGCGCCAGACAUUCCGCCGCAUGCCACGCACCGGUGCGAUCGUGUUCGGCGUGAAGACCUAUCUGACCCCGGUGAGUCAGCUCCCCCUCAAGGAGCUCGAGAACCUCGCCACGGAAAUGAAGACAUGGCCGGACUAUGUCAGCGAGUAUAAAGGAAGACAUGUUUGGGGAGCGAAGGUGUUGGAGUAUUAUAAGCAGCGCCGGGCGUCUGCAGAUGACAGCUCUGCCACGCCUGCAGUUUAG